CUCCAAUCCAAUUUGAGUGGCGAGGCUAUGGCGGCUCUCCGUGUGACUGGUGCCGGGGCGUCACUCCAGCUCCCAUUCGUCUCUUCCAGGUACAAUGCGGGCAUCGCAAUUGGCGCGGCAAGGGUCGGCUUCCUCAAGCCGUCGCAGCACGCUCUCUCGUCCAAGCAGCUCCUCCCUCGCCGUGGAUCGGCGAUUUCCAGGGCGCUGGAGCAGUCCGUCAAGGAUGUCGAUCAAGGCAAGGGCCAGCAGCAGAGCUCGGAUUACCAGGUGCGCGAGCAGGGCGAGGCCCAGAGCAUGGGCUACAGGGCAUUCUUGCUUGGGGCAAACGGCAAGACCUUGUCGCCAUGGCACGACGUCCCGCUGAAAUCCCCGCUUGGCGGCGGCGAGAUCUUCCACUUCGUGGUGGAAAUCCCCAAGGAGUCCAGCGCCAAGAUGGAAGUGGCCACUGACGAGCCCUUCACGCCGAUCAAGCAGGACAUCAAGAAGGGCAAGCUCCGGUUCUAUCCCUACAACAUCCGCUGGAACUAUGGCCUCCUCCCGCAAACCUGGGAGGAUCCAAACCACGCCAACCCGGAAGUGGAGGGCGCGCUGGGAGACAACGACCCCGUGGACGUGGUGGAGAUUGGCGAGCGCAGGGCGGGGCUGGGCGAGAUCCUGCGCGUCAAGCCAGUGGCUGUUCUCGCCAUGAUCGACGAGGGGGAGCUGGACUGGAAGGUGAUCGCCAUCUCGGUGGACGAUCCCAAGGCGGCGCUUGUGAAUGACGAGAGCGACGUGGAGUACUACUUCCCGGGGACGCUCACGGAGAUCCGGGACUGGUUCCGGGAUUACAAGGUCCCGGAUGGGAAGCCGCAGAACCGAUUCGGGCUGGGGAACAAGGCCGCCGGGAAGGAUUACGCGCUCAAGGUGAUCCAAGAGACGCACCAAGCGUGGGUGAAGCUUGUGACCAGGUCUGUUCCCGCGGGUGAUCUAUCGCUCACGUGAAAAAAUACAACUAGAUGAUUUGUUUGCUAUCGGACGAUUAGAUGACUGCUUGGAGCGAGUAUGCUUGCUCGAUCGGCUGCUAGAUCUGCCGCUUUGUCGUGGAAAUCCCCAAGGAAUCCAGCGCCAAGAUGAAAGUGGCCCAGAGCAUCCGAUUCGAGAGAAUCGGCCACCACCAUUUGCGAUUUCUCUAUAAUUUUAGGAUUAGUAUAGGAAAUGAUGACCCGGAAUUUUUAUUGAAAUGCUUUGGUUAGAUGUGAUCUUUA